AUGAAGCGAACCUCACGGUGCAGAACCGUUGACAUGUAACCCAGCUCGCUUGUCAACAUCGGUUAAAUUGAUCAUCACGUCCCAUCUUCUACGUCCUAGUUCGACACAGAAAACAAUGUCAUCUCAGGAAGAACAACAGGGCAUCGGGAGAGUGAUGGACUUCCUUGAAGAAUGGGACCAUGGGGAUAAAACAACACGGAACCGCAUGUUGAAUACUUUCGUAGCUCAGAACGAGGGGAAGACCUACUAUGAGCUGGAGACCGCCUUCGCCCUGGGCGCAAGUCUCUUUCUGGCCCGCAUGACCACGUGGAUAAGAUUGACAUACAUGUUUGGAAAAACAAACGUUGGUCUUCAGCUGAAAGCGGUCGGAGUCUUCCUGUCAGCUUCGAGCAAUCAUCAGUACAUCCUGGAGUUCCUGGAGGACGGGGGCGUUCUCACCAUCCUGGACAUCUUGGGUCAGAUCCACAUCACAGCGGAGGACAAGCACCAAGGCCUCCUUCUGCUCCAAACCAUCUCCACCACCAGCCCCAAGUACAAAGAGAUCAUCUGUGAAAGCCAAGGGGUGAAGGUGGUGGCCGAGUGCCUGGCCGAGUCCGACUGGGACGACACCCAAGAGGCCGCCCAGGUGCUGCUGGAGACCCUGGCGCACGGGAACCCCCGGUUCCAGCCCCAGGUGUACCAGCGCCUGGUGGGCCUCAUGGCCGUGAGCUCCCCCCCGGCCCUGCAGCGCAUAAUACGCACCCUGCGCACGGUCCAGGCUGAGGUGAAGACGGUCCAUCCGAGCAUCCUGGAGCCACUGCUCCAGCUGCUACACUCUCUGAGCUACGAGGUGGAGGGUGAAGCUCUCGGUCUGAUCUUGGACCUGAGCCGGUCCGGGCUCGGGCCGGAGCUCCUGAGAGGGCUGGUGGCUCUGCUGAGGCCCAGCAAGGGAGGCCAGCAGCGGCCCGGGACAGAAGACCCUGAAGAGAUGACAGCAUAUUUCUCUGUGUUAGUCCAGCAGGCAGCUGCAGCCAAAGCUAUACGCCUGCUCGCCCAGUCGGGGGAAGACACUUCUCAGGAGCUGCUGGAUCUUGACGUGGUCCAUUAUCUGCUGUGUGCGAUGGCCACCAGAGAGCACAAGGACUCCCAGAUCCAGGCCAGCCUGGCCCUGAUGCACUUUGUCCAAACAUACCCGGACAUAUCAGACAACGUACGGGGAGGAAUGGGAAUUGAACUCUUUGAGAAUUUCAUGCAAAGCCCUGACAGAGUGCAUCCCAACAUAGAUGAAAUCCAGGCAGAAAAGCUGCUAUCGAACAAAGUCCACCAAACCAAAGAGUCGGAGGUCGGUGAAUGCUGACCAGAGGUACAGAAACAUCCAGAGGAAAUAUAUGUUCUGUAUUGUGCUUUUGUUAUAUUCAAUUAAACU